AUGCCUGCAAAUCAACCCCACCAACUGGGAGGAGCUCGCACUCGGUCGACGACCUGGAGGAGGACAGUGAAGACAGGCGCUGCGAUCUACGAAGCCAACCGCAUCGCUGCCGCCAAAGCGAAACGUGAAGCCCGCAAAUCACAACUUCGCCCAGUAAGCAACGCCGCCAAACAACCGCUUCCAACAUGUGCUCGAUGUCAACGGACAUUCCGGGCUCGAAUCGGACUUGUUGGACAUCUUCGGAUUAACUGUGCCUCUCGAACGGGACCAACCAUCGUCCCCCCGCCUGCCUCUUCCUCCUCCUCUCCACCGCCAACUAACCCUGACAAUUCUUCUGACCCACCCCUUCCAUCAUCCUCCUCCUCCUCCACCUCGCCCACUGCUCCAACGGCGGCCGCUCAGGCGACUGUCCCGCGCACAGCAACCGACACUACCACCACCUCCCCCGACUCCAGGGAUGAGGAUCAGGACUACACCUGGCCUCACUGCGACCGUACCUUCGCCUCACACAACGGCCUGGUCGGUCACUUGCGAAUCCACCGCACAAAGACUGGCGAACCAGUGCGUUAA